AAUGCAACACAAACAGUGUAUGUGAACGAAGAAGAACUGGAGGGAAACCAACUGAGCCUCAACAGUCAGCGUCCUUUUCAUCACCGCCCGGAGGAGUCUGCUACAGCAGGCGGGAUCACAUAUCUCCAACCUCACUGACCGACGGGCAGCAGGGUUCUUAAAACAAACUCUCCGGACAGCAAUCUGAGAGCUAACGCGAGUAACACAGAAGCUAACACGGCUAACCUGACAUGGCGACGGCAAUUUACUUGGAACAUUACCUUGACAGUAUUGAAAACCUUCCAUGUGAGCUACAGAGGAACUUCACUUUGAUGAGGGACCUUGACAACAGGACUGAAGAAAAGAAAGGGGAGAUCAACAAACUGGCUGAAGAGUACAUUGCAAAUGUGAAGAACCUGGCUUCAGCUCAGAGAGUGGAACACCUGCAGAAGAUCCAGAACGCCUACAGCAAGUGCAAAGAGUUCAGCGACGACAAAGUCCAGCUCGCAAUGCAGACGUACGAAAUGGUGGACAAACACAUUCGCAGGCUGGAUGCAGAUCUGGCUCGGUUUGAAAAUGAGCUGAAGGAGAAACUGGAAUUGAGUGGCCACGAGAGUUCAGAGGGAAGAGGUGUGAAAAAAGCUGAGUCCCGGGGGCUGAGAGAAAAGCGUAGUUCUCGAGGAAGAGCAAAGAAAGGCUCUGAAGAAGAUUCUCCCCGAAAGAAGAAAAAGAUCAACAGCCCUGACCUGAGCGAUGCUCUCCUGCCGAUGCAGCCGUCAGACGUUCUGGACAUGCCGGUGGAUCCCAACGAGCCCACGUACUGUCUGUGCCAUCAGGUAUCGUACGGAGAGAUGAUCGGAUGUGAUAACCCAGACUGUCCAAUUGAGUGGUUUCACUUUGCUUGUGUGGAUCUCGCCACCAAACCCAAAGGAAAAUGGUUUUGUCCCAGGUGCACCCAAGACCGGAAAAAGAAAUGAAAUAUCUUUUUUAGAAGUACUCGCCUAAUAAUGUAUCUAUGUUUAAUGUAGUUUAAUAGUGUGAUAUAUAAACAUAUAUGUCUCUGUCCCUAUAACUCUCCAUAGAACUGGUGGUAAUACUCAUACUUUAAGACCUGAUGCUGAUCGGGAGUUCAGAUACACCUGUGGCACCAACAAAUUGUUGUUAAAUGUUACAGUAUCCGUGUCAUCAACUUUCAAACUGCUGUCUUUGUCCGAUAGCUUUACAUUAAUGGAUUCACCUGUUAUAUCUGUGUACUCUGUAAAUUAGUCUAAAAGAUGCACAAGUUCUACCCAAUCAGAAAGUCCUUCCACUUUCAGUCUCAUAGUGUAAAUACUGUCAUGACUGACGUACUCAGAAAUCCUGGAUUGUGGCUUUAGCAUACUUGAAAUGUCAAUUUUAUAAAGAUGUAUUUUGUAAACAAAUGAUAAGCCUGCUGAGAAGUUUAAUUUAAACACCUACAUCCUUACUGAACGUUUGGUGGUAAAAGGAAUUAUGUCAGAUUUCAGUUACCUACCUCCUCGGGGAAAAUAAUGACACCGCAUAAAUGACUGCAAUCGAUACCAGUGUAAAAAAAAUGUUUCAAUAAUCUUAAACCAAACAAUGAAUGAUUUUAGAUUUUAAGAAAAGCUGCGACAUCCUUGAAUGUAUUGUGGUACUUUUGGUCAGUCGGUCGCUGUCUCCUGUCAGCUGAAUGAGGUUUUUUUGCACUUUGAAUGAAAUUUUCCCCUCAAGAGGUUUGAAACCUGCAGGCUUGGUUUUAUGGAAUACUUUCUCAUUUAAACUUUGCCAUCGCUUUGAACCACAUGGAAAUAUAUAAAAAUAUAUAUAUAUGUUUUGUAUGAUAUGAAACAAUAUUUUGUGGACACCAUUUUUUCCAAAGAUAUAUUUGUUGUAUUGCUUUCUUAUUGGUGUGUACACUUCAAAUUUUAUUUAAUGGGAUUUUAGCAUCUUCGUUCAUACUCGACUGUGAAUAUCACUCAUUUAGGUGUAAGCCACAAAUAAAAGAGCCAAAGUCUUUGUAUUUUGUAAAAUGCAGUAUUUUAUAACAAAUAAAUAUUCACUAUUA